CAGGAUGGCGACACCGUUGGCGACGCCAAUCAACAAGGAUGCGUUCAACGCGACGGUCUUCGAGAAGGCGAUCACGGGCAAGAAGCUCCGGCUCGCCGUCGCGACGGCCGAGCUCGACAAGUGCAUCGACAACGAGCACGAGCUUCGCCAAGUCUACGGCGUCUUGGGCGAGACGGGCUUGAACGAGACGCCGCUUUUCCUCCUCCUGCAGAGCCCGCAGUACAAGAACCGAGACGAAGCCAAGCAGCUGCUCGAACACACGGUCAUGCGCAAGGUUAUCAUGCUCAAGUGGAAGAUUUUUGGCAUGCGCAUGUACAUGGAGCAAGCGCUCAUGUACCUUUUGUUGCUCAUGACGCUGACGCUCUCCGUCUCGAUGGACGUGAGCGACGACGAUGCAUUUCCCGCGCAGCUCUCGGUGUGGCUCUACAUUGGGCUGGGCCUCGUCACCGCUCUCAUCGCGACCUACUUCUUCAAGUACUCGCACCGCGCCUUGUGGUGGACGUGCGUAUUGGCCAUCGUUUUGCUCGAGUGGCUCGUGGUUCGCACGGCGCUGAGCCCGUUUCUGCACGCGCAUGUGGUCUGGCCAGCGUUUGUGUACAUCAACAAUGUGCUCUUGGCGAUCGUCGGCGUCUACUUUCUGCGCUUUGAGCUCAACGAGAUGUUUGGUGAGCUCAGCGAGAACCACCGCGAGUUCGACUGCGGCAUCGAGUCGCUCUCGCCGCGGCUCAAGAAGACCUUGUACUACAUCGUGUCUGCACCCUUCAUGGUCGUCGCGCAGUUCCUCCUCAUGCUGCUCGGACACGUCGAGGCCAACUAUUACCAGUCCGACUUUAACAAGGUCCAGCUGCCGACGUUCAUCGUGCUCGUGGUCUAUGCCGCCGCCGAGCUCAUCAUGCCCUUCAAGGCCGACGCGCGUCUCUGCGUCGGCAUUGGCCUCACCUUUCUCACGUGGGCGCUGAGUGUCCAGUACCUCGAAGUGCACGGCACGGCCGGCUACUUGAUCCCGAUGAUGAAGCGCAUGCUGCACGACGUCUACCGCUUCAUGGCCUUCUACAUUCCGUUCCAGUGCGCGUAUGCGUUUGCGUACUACCUCCUCUUCCAAGACCAAGAGAACGCGGAUGGCUACGACACGAUCCCCAAGAGCUUUGUGACCACCUUCCUCGUCAUGCUCGGCCAGAUCGAGACCGGGCCCUUCGAUGAGCUCGCCGACCCGACGCAGUAUGUGCUCGGCUACACGCUGCUGCUGACGCAUGCGACGCUCGUGAUCGUCAUGCUCCUCAACGUGCUCGUCGCCAUGAUGACCAAGAGUGUCGACGGCGGCAUGGAGAAGGCCAAGCGGGAGGCCCUCGUGAGCUUCGCCGAGUGCAUCUUGCGCAGUGAGAAGACGACAGGCCUCAUGCCACUGCCUGAGAAUGCGCUGCCCAAGCGCAAGCUCACGGAGCUCGAGCCGCUCGUCGUUGUGGACGACGCGCCCAUGUACCUCGAGGCUGCGUCGUCGAAAGACCUGAGCGACGAGCCAGAAGACGACGGCCUCGGCUUUAAGCCCGACGACAAAUCGAGCGACGAACUCGUCGAGGAGCUUGCGGCAGAAGUCGCCAGCCUCAAGGACGAACUCGCCGAGAUGCGCCGUGACAUGCGAGAGAUGCUGCAGCUCCUCAAGGCCAUGAGCCACCUGUAGCUUGAGCAACGCUAAUGCCAUAGAGUGACAUGUGCUUGACGUCAGUAUUGUCGGGUG